AUGUGUCUUUGUUUAGGUGGGGCAAAGAAAAAGAAGAAGAAAAAGAAUAACAAGAAGAAGAAGAGAGUUGUCCAGACCGAGCCUCCAACUAUCCCUAUCUCUGCUUUUUUCCCAAACAAGAUCUAUCCAGAGGGAGAACUCUGUGAAUACAAGGAUGACAAUCUAUGGAGAACAACAAAUGAGGAGAAACGUGCACUUGAGAAACAAAACUUUGAUCAGUACAACGAUAUCCGUCGGGCUGCGGAGGUGCAUCGUCAGGUCCGAAAGUAUGCACGUCGAAACAUCAAACCUGGCAUGACCAUGACCGAGAUUUGUGAGAUGAUUGAAAAUGGUACGAGGACGUUAGUGGAGGCCAAAGGGUUCGAGUCUGGCAUUGGAUUCCCCACGGGCUGUUCUUUGAACCACUGUGCUGCUCAUUAUACACCCAAUGCUGGAGAUAAAACCGUGUUACAACAUGGUGAUGUCUGCAAGAUUGACUUUGGUGUUCAUGUCAACGGAAGAAUCAUCGAUUCCGCAUUUACACUCACGUUUGAUCCAGUAUAUGACAAUCUGUUGGCGGCUGUCAAGGAUGCCACCAAUACAGGCAUCAGAGAGGCAGGAAUUGACGUCAGACUAGGAGACAUUGGUGCAGCUAUUCAAGAGGUCAUGGAAUCAUAUGAGGUUGAGAUCGGAGGGAAGACUUACCAAGUUAAGCCUAUUCGUAAUUUGACUGGGCAUUCCAUUGAGCAAUACAAGAUCCAUGGAACAAAAGCUGUGCCAAUUGUUAACAACGGCGACCCUACAAAGAUGGAAGAAGGCGAUUACUUUGCGAUCGAGACAUUCGGAAGCACGGGACGUGGCUAUGUGCACCACGACAAGGAAACCAGCCAUUAUGCUCGUGUUUAUGAUCUUCCCAAGAUCCCUAUUCGUCUUCCUAGAGCCAAGACGCUGUUCGAGACCAUUAAUCGUGAGUUUGGCACAUUACCGUUCUGUAGACGAUACUUGGAUCGUUUGGGCGAAGAAAAGUACUUGUUGGCACUUAAGAGUCUGUGUGAUACGGGACAUGUUGCAGAUUAUCCGCCUUUAGUUGAUAUCAAAGGAUCAUAUACAGCGCAGUAUGAGCACACAUUAGUCCUUCGGCCCACUCGCAAGGAGGUGCUGAGUCGUGGCGACGAUUAUUAA